UGAUGUCCAGGUCGAGCCCCCCUAGGGUCUCAGCAGCCUCGUGGUCGGUGAAGAAGACCACGGAGACACGCUCCACCUAGUGGUGGUCCUCGCGGCGCGCAUGGUGGUCAAAUAGGAGCAAGAGGCAGGCAAAACAGGAACCACGCCAUAGAUGAAGCAGACCAUAGCGCGUGGUUGGGGUCGGCGGGGCGCACGCCCUAGCAGCGCGGCCACAGCUCGCCCCGCGCGAUCUGUAGCGACGCCGCCGCGAUGGGCAGGUCGAAUGCGGACCGCAGCCCCACGCGCGACUGCCAGUCCGGGAACCCGGGCCCCGACGGCAGGCCCGCGGCGAGGACGGCACGGAGGUCGGGCGGGAACGCAAACCACAUCUCAGCCUUGGUGCGCACCAACUCUAGCUCUGUCAGGCCCGGGAGCACCGCCACCCCGGAGGCCCAGAGGUGGCCAAGCACCGCGGCCGUGAGCGGGGCGAAGGAGUGCAGCCCGUGCCGCGAUGAGGCCGACGCCGACGAGGGGCCAAGAACAGGGGCGGGGUGGCGGCCUCUUCGAAGAUCUGGGAGGGGGCGAGGGCAUGGUAUGGCCUCGUGGGGGCGGUAGCGAGGAUCGCGGUGUGUUAAUGGCGCCCUUCCAUCGACGGAGAGCAGAGGGGGCGGUGUGUGGGCAGAGGGAUCUCGCGGGCGAGAUUUCCGCGGGCGGGGGUGAGGUCGAGGUGGUGGAUGUCGCGGGCGUGGGCACCGCGGCGGCGUAGAUUGCGGGCGAGGCGGUGUCGGGGGAAUCGGACGCGGAGGCAGAACAUGGUGCACU